AUGGUGAACAGUGGGCUGUGCACGACCAGCGUCGCUGCGAUCACGCCCGAGGAGCCACCCCGGUUGGGCGUCAAGGCCAGCAGCGCGGACCGCUCCGCGGUCCGCGACUGCGGGCCGGGAUCGGAACCGGAACCGGAGCCGGAACCGGAGCCGGAACAGGACGCGACGGCUAUGUGGCCGUCGCUCGAAAGCACACGUCAGCUCGAGACGUCCCUGGCAGAGAUGAUCCAGGAGCUGGAAAGGGCGCGUGCCAACUGGCUCGCGCCCGUGGACCGUGGGGUGCUUGUAGAGUUGCUGAACCGGUCUCUGACUGCAAUCUCGCACUGGUCCUUGCAGGCGCAGAUUUCGCGACUGGAGAACCGCAGCUCGUGGGACUCGAGGCUCGCGGUCGAAAGCUGUCUGAUCAAGAAGGAAGUCGAGUUUUUCCGCAACAAAUGCGCCGCGGCUACGGCGGCCGCUCUGACGACGGGCGCUACGUCGCCCGUCGUACCGUCGUCUGUGUCCAGCUCUCCGACGGGCCGUCGCAGACGCCGAAAGCGGUCCCUUGAGGCCACCGCCGGCGUAUCGGGUCCUUCAUCCAAAGCCGGGAAGCACAGAUCCGCGGGGAUAGCACCGCCGGCCAUGCGACUGGUGGAAAACAGCAAACCGCAUCCUCGAACGCGACGGAGCAGCGAUAACCCGUCCGCGAACGAUUUCGUUCGCGUUUUCCAUCUAGAGAAGCUGUGA